CAUCCCUUAAGCAAAACUCGAAUCAAAUUUGAUCUAUAUAACACGCUCAAUAUGUAUUCCAUCCUGAACUGGCAAUAACAGUAGCCAUGGCAGAAGAAGUGAAGCUUUACAGGACAUGGUCAAGCCCAUAUGGCUUAAGGGUGGUGUGGGCACUAAACAUCAAACAUAUUCAAUAUGAAACCAUCCUCGAAGAUCUCACCAAUAAAAGCCAUCAUCUUCUCCGAUACAAUCCUGUCCACAAAAAGAUUCCUGUCCUCCUCCACAACGGGAAACCCAUCUGCGAAUCCUUGGUAAUCCUCGAAUACAUCGAGGACACAUGGCACAACACCCCCUUGUUACCUCAACACCCUCUCGACAGAGCUCACUUACGAUUCUGGGCAAAGUUUUGCGAGGAUAAGCUGUUGCCGUCGAUAAGGAGUUCUUACUUCAUGAAAGGGAAGGAACAAGAAGAAGGUGUUGUCCAGGCGCUGGACAACCUUAAACUCAUCGAAGAACAGCUGAACGGCGGCAAGAGAUUUUUCGGCGGAGACAACAUCGGAUUCCUCGACAUCGUACUGGGGUGGCUGGCUAACCUGCCUAGCGUGUUCGAGGAGAUAACCGGCCUGAAAUUGAUCGACGCCGAGAAAUUUCCUGUUCUGUCGGAGUGGAUGCACAACUUCUACAAUCAUCCUGCAAUUCUGGAUCACUGGCCGCCUCGCGACAAGAUGAUCACAAAGUUCCAGGCAAUCUUUAAUGCAAUCGAAGCUAAUAAAUGAACCGUUCUUCAUGAAGUUGCAGAUAUCCAUAUCCCAGAUUCAUUCCCAGUAAACCUGUGAGAUUACUAUUGAUGUAAAAACUUGAUCUAUCUUAUUAUUUAUGAUUUUCUUAUGUUUUAAGGUAUUAAA